AAUUAAGUUUCCUUGACAAUUAGAUGUAAAUGUUGAUUUUAUCGACAUUUCAGUUCACUUCGUUUUUUCCCGUGAAAAAUAAACUAUCGUCUUGUGUAAUUAUUAAGAUUUAUUUAAUUAGUUAUUGAUAUGGCAAGUGAAAAAAAUAUUUUUGGUCAAACAAAUGAAUCAAACUUACAUAAGGUCAUACGCAGAGUUGAAGAAAUAUGGAAUCGUCGUUUCAUGCAUUCCAAUUGUGUUUUAAAUAAUACAAAUAAAGGACAAAUAUCAAAAAAGUCAACUAAAGAUGGAAGAAUUAUCUCAAUUAUUAAUAAAAAUAUUUAUCCUAUAAAAAAUUCCAUUAUUCCAAAAAAACGCACGUAUCGAAAAACGAAUAAAAAUGAUAAAAUUAUUCCAGAAAAAUUGAAUAUGAUGCAGCAAAGAGAAUUCGGAACACUUUUUCAGAAUGAAAAAUCUGAAAAAUAUAAAAAUGAAAUUUUAAAUUCAACAGAAAAAAAAAAUAUAGCAAUUUCAAAAGACAAUCCGCUAUUAAUAUCAGCUGAUUUGUUAGAAAAGAGUUUUCAUAAGAAAAAUUUGGAACGCAAAUCCGAAAUAAAAAAACAACUUUUUGAGAUAUCUUCUAAUACUACUGCUCGACCAAAUUUAAAAAGAAAUUCAUCCGAAGAAGAUGAAAAAGUCAUAAAAAAGCCAAAAGUUAGUUCUAAUCCUUUGACCUUAAAUACGCCGAAUGACGUAAAUUUACUUGCUCUGUCCACUAUUGAAGUAAUAAAAGUACCAGAGAAAGAAAAAGAAGUAAUGCAAGAUCAGACCACAAAAUCUCUUGAUCCNAAUGCAAGAUCAGAACACAAAAUCUCUUGA